AUGAGUUUAAAAUGCCAAUGGAAAGUAUAGAUAGAGGAUAACUUAAAAUAUAACAGAAAGAUAACGAAUAAAAUAAAUUAAAGAAAGGAAAUUAAAUUUUAAGAGUUAAUAAAAUAUGAUUAUAUAUAUAUUUAUAAUUUUUAUAUAUGUAACAUUUUUAUUUAUUUUCAAUUUAUUAAUUUAGAAAUAAAAUAUUUGUUAAUAUUUAUAAUUAAAUAAAAAAAAAAAUUAUUAUAAUAAUUAGAAUAAAUAAAAUUAUGGCUUUCAGAAGUAAGAUAUAAAAAUAUUUAAAAUAUAAUAAUAUAAUAAGAUUCACCGUAAAACGAUAGAAUUGCAAGAAUAGCAGAAAAAUUAAGCAACGUAUAUAUAAGUUAAGAUACAAAUAACAAUUUAAAAAUUGAUUAAUCUGAAGAAAAAUUAUAAAAAUUAGAAGAUUCAAUAAAAGAAUUCGAAACAAAAUUGUAAAAUAAAGUAAAUAUUGUUAAAACUACAGUAAAUAAAUUGUAAAAAUUCGUAAAUGAAGAUAAAGUUAGCCGUUUAAAUUAUUUUUAAUAAAAAGAACAAGAAUUAUAAAUUUUAGAAUAAAAUUUAAAUAAAUAAUUAGAUAAUGAAAUAUAAGUAUUUAAAAUAUUAUAUAUAUAUUUAUAUAUAAAUAUAUAUAUAUAUAAAUAAAUAAAUUUUUUAUAAUUAUAUAAUAUAAUUACUUAAUAUAAUAUUUAAUUAAUAAAUGUAUACAAAAAUUAUAUUUUAUAUUUUUCUUUAUAUAUAAUAAAGUAAAGAAAAAAUGAUGAAAUAAAAAAAUAAAGAGAAUAAAUAGAUGAAUAAAUUAUUAAAAGAACUUUUGAUGAAAUACUAAAAGUUAAUUAAUUACUUGAAACUGAAAAAUAAGACAAAGAAGAAAGCGAAUAAGCUAUUUUUGAUAUGUUAAAAGAAGUUGUUAACAGGGUUAAAAAUGAAAUCGAUAUUGAAAGAAAAAACAGAGAAAAUACAGAAGAAAAAUUAUUAGAAUUACUUGAAGUAACAUGCAGUAAAUUAAAUGUUGCUACAUAAAUAUGA